CGCUUUUCUAUGAGCCAAUGGGAUUAAAGAGUAGGCGAGGCUGUGGGACGGAAGGGUCGCGUACGGCGCUUUCUUUGUGCUGAUAACUGCGAGCUUUUAGAGGAGAGAUCUCGGCACUCCUCCACAAUGUUGUCCAGUAAAAAGUCAGAUGCUGGGUCGUCAUCGUCAUCGACCUCAGGAUCUGGAGGGGACAGAGCCCCAGAGCUACCAGCAUCAGGCCAGCUGGGGCCCCCCAACUCUUCCUCGAGCUCUUCUGAGGGUGGGGUACCCAGUGACCGCUCCCUGAAGAAGAAGGAGCGUGCAUCGCCCAGCGGGGAGCAGGGCGGCCCCCUGCUGUCCCACCCCACAGGCCCAGGGGCCAUUGACCAGGACUCGGCCGAGGGCCGCAGGACCAGUCGGCGGAAAAGGCCGAAAGUGGAGUACCGCGAGAUGGAUGAGAGCCUGGCUAAUCUCUCCGAGGAUGAGUACUACUCCGAGGAGGAGAGGAACGCCAAGGCAGAGAAGGAGCGCAAGCAGGUGGCCCCGCCCCCGCCCCCCCCUGUUGAGGAGGAGAAUGACAGUGAGCCGGAGGAGCCGUCGGGGGUGGAGGGCGCCGCCUUCCAGAGUCGUCUUCCCCACGACCGCAUGACCUCCCAGGAGGCCGCCUGCUUCCCCGACAUCAUCAGCGGCCCCCAGCAGACACAGAAGGUGUUCCUGUACAUCCGGAACCGCACGCUCCAGCUCUGGCUGGACAACCCAAAGGUCCAGCUGACGUAUGAGGUCACGGUGCAGCAGCUGGAGGCCCCAUAUAACAGUGACAAGAUGCUGGUCCACAGGAUCCACAGUUACCUGGAGAGACACGGACUCAUUAACUUCGGCGUGUACAAGCGUGUGAAGCCACUACCCACCAAGAAGACAGGCAAGGUGAUCGUCAUCGGGGGAGGGGUCUCUGGGCUGGCUGCCGCUCGGCAGCUGCAGAGCUUCGGGAUGGACGUGACUGUGCUGGAGUCCCGGGAUCGUGUGGGCGGGAGAGUGGCCACCUUCCGGAAGGGCAACUACGUUGCUGACCUGGGGGCCAUGGUGGUGACCGGCCUGGGUGGGAACCCCAUGGCUGUGGUCAGCAAGCAGGUGAACAUGGAGCUGGCCAAGAUCAAACAGAAGUGCCCACUGUACGAAGCCAACGGCCAGGCGGGCGAGAGAUGCACCAGCGUGCCCAAGGAGAAGGACGAGAUGGUGGAGCAGGAGUUCAACCGGCUGCUGGAGGCCACGUCCUACCUCAGCCACCAGUUAGACUUCAACUUCCUCAACAACAAGCCCGUGUCUCUUGGUCAGGCCUUGGAGGUGGUUAUCCAACUGCAGGAGAAGCAUGUGAAGGACGAACAGAUUGAACACUGGAAGAAGAUUGUAAAGACGCAGGAAGAGCUGAAAGAUCUGCUAAAUAAGAUGGUGGCCACCAAAGAAAGGGUGAAGGAGCUCCAUCAGCAGUACAAGGAGGCCUGCGAAGUGAAGCCACCAAGGGACAUCACAGCAGAAUUCCUGGUCAAGAGCAAACACCGUGACCUGACCGCACUCUGCAAGGAGUAUGACGAGCUGGCAGAGGCACAGGUGAAGCUGGAGGAGAAGUUACAGGAGCUGGAGGCCAACCCCCCCAGCGACGUGUACCUGUCCUCACGGGAUCGGCAAAUCCUGGACUGGCACUUUGCCAAUCUGGAGUUUGCCAAUGCAACGCCCCUGUCCACCCUCUCCCUGAAGCACUGGGACCAGGAUGACGACUUUGAGUUCACGGGGAGUCACCUGACUGUCCGAAACGGUUACUCCUGCGUCCCUGUGGCCCUGGCGGAGGGCCUGGACAUCAAGCUGAACACAGCCGUGCGGCAGGUCCGCUACACCGCCUCCGGCUGCGAGGUCAUUGCUGUAAACACCCGCUCCACCACGCAGACUUUCAUCUACAAAUGUGACGCAGUGCUGUGCACGCUGCCGCUGGGCGUGAUGAAGCAGCAGCCCCCCGCAGUGCAGUUCGUGCCCCCCCUGCCCGAGUGGAAGACCUCGGCCAUUCAGAGGAUGGGCUUCGGGAACCUCAACAAGGUGGUGCUGUGUUUCGACCGUGUCUUCUGGGACCCCAGUGUCAAUCUGUUCGGCCAUGUAGGAAGCACGACUGCAAGUCGGGGCGAGCUCUUCCUGUUCUGGAACCUCUACAAAGCCCCCAUCUUGCUGGCCCUCAUGGCCGGGGAAGCCGCCGGCAUCAUGGAAAAUAUCAGCGACGAUGUCAUCGUGGGUCGCUGCCUGGCCAUCCUCAAGGGCAUCUUUGGCAGCAGCGCGGUCCCUCAGCCUAAGGAGACGGUGGUGACGCGGUGGCGUGCAGAUCCCUGGGCGCGCGGCUCCUACUCCUACGUGGCUGCGGGUUCCUCAGGCAAUGACUACGACCUGAUGGCCCAGCCCAUCACACCCGGACCCGCCAUCCCUGGUACCUCCCAGCCCGUCCCCCGCCUCUUCUUCGCUGGUGAGCACACGAUCCGGAACUACCCAGCCACGGUGCACGGAGCCCUGCUCAGCGGCCUCAGGGAGGCAGGCCGCAUCGCCGACCAGUUUCUGGGUGCCAUGUACACGCUGCCCCGCCAGGCCACCCCCGCGGCCAACCCGCAGCCGGCCCCCAGCCUGUAGCCCCGCCCCAACUGCUGACUCUCAGGGGUAUGGACACUUGGGGAUAUCCAGCGAUGGUGGACCGCGAUACCCCGUGCUGCUCCUCCUCCAUCUCCCCCCCCCCCCCCCCAGGCCGUCCGUUUCCAGGGUGUGAUUCACACCAUCUUCAGAGGCGGGUUAUACAGGAAACUACUCCCCCUCCUGCCCCACCCACGUUCCUGGCAUUCCUGACCCGACCACAGGCAGAAGUCGCAUUUGGGAAAGUCAAGGCCAGGCUUCCGGGAACCCCACCCCCAGAACUGGGCUUGCUGCGGCCCCCGCCCCCUCCUGGGGUCCUCGGUUAGCGAGUAGCUGUACGGGCCGCCAGGGCUCGCGGUCAGCGGCAGUAGGCAGCUGACGAUAGCUGACGAACUUCUUGGAAAAAGAGCAUUUUUGUUUUAAUAUAAUGUUUCACUUCCCAUUAGCGGAUGGUUUGCAGUAGUCAGGUUGUUUGCUGCAGAUUUUUUUUUAUAUUUUAUGAACGUACAAAUAAAGGCAGACAGACAAACUAA